AUGGCCACCGUCGACGAGCACUACCACUUCGGUGAGUGCACGCCUUUCUCGCCGCUUUACACGCAGCCCGGUGUUCGCGCCGUGCGCGCAACGCGGCCCCAGGGAGCGACAGUCGAGUAUGCGACAAAAGUAAGCAUUGACAAAAUUACAUAUCAGUUUGGGCAUCAAGAAAUAAUGAAGCGAUGGGGCGGCGGUGCGCGCGGAGCGGAGCCGCCCGCCGGGGCGAGUGCAGCUCUGCAGCGUUGCGGCGCUGCAGCGGCGCCGCGGGCGAGGCGAGCCGCCUCGCGCUUUAUCAUCCGCCGAUUAGAUAAAGCGAAAUCGCUGAAAGCCGCCGCGGCGCAG